UAGAAAAGGCAAAAAGACAAAAAAUAAAUAAAAUAAAUAAAAAAAUGAAAUAAAUAAAUAAAUAAAUCUCUGUGGGUGUUCCAAUCAUACUCAAAUUUGCCUCCCACCUACCCAUCCACCCACUCACUCCCAGACUCCCCCCAGUAGCUUGCCCUGCCCCUCUACCUGCUCCCUGGCUUGGCCAGGGAUGUAUAUAUGGGCUGCUUCCUCUCUCAGCCAGAGGAUGUGGGGGGCCCCAGCUGCCUGGGGCUGGGAAGCAGGCCAGGUUUAGCUGAGGUUGGCUGGUGAGCAGUGGGGCGGUGCCAGGGAGAACCUGUACAGUGCCAGGUGGUGCCUUGGGUUCCAGGCUGAGCCCAUGACCCUGAUAACCUUCUGCUUGUGCACAUACCUGCCCCGCACUCCACCCCAUCCCCUCUUUGCUAUCGGGGAGGGGGCACAGGCCAGAUAGACCCACAGGACUUUGGCUCCAUCUCUACAAAAGGGCUUUCUGUGAGUCAGCCUGUUCCCCUCCAGGCUUGCUCCUCCCCUGCCCAGCUCGUUUCCAAUGCACGUACAGCCCGUACACACCGUGUUCUGGGACACCCCAUAGUCAGCCGCAUGGCUCCCCAGUGUCCCAGCCCCUGGCUCCCUCUGUUGAUCCCAGCCCCUGCCCCGGGCCCCACUGUGCAUCUGCUGCUAUUACUGCUCCUCCUGGUGCCUGCCCAUCCCCAGAGCAUGUCCUGGAUGCAGGGAGCUCCCACCACAGGAGGAGAUUCAUCUGGGGAAGAUGAUCCACUGGAGGAGGACCUGCCCAGUGAAGAGGAUAUACCUGGAGAGGAGGACCAACCUGGAAUGAAGACUGAACCAGGAGAAGAGAAUUCUCUGAACUUAGAGGAUCUUCCUACUACUGAGGCUCCCAGGGAUACUCAAGGACCCCAGAAGAAUGUCCAUAGAGAAAAAAAAGGGCGGAUCCCCUGCCACCAGCUAGAUGAGGAGGCAAAAAGAAGGCACAGGAAUUCCUUCUAUGACACAAUGGUAUUGGCAGCGUCUCUGGAGCACUGGGACACAGGGGAUGACCACAGUCAUUGGCGCUAUGGAGGCGCUCCGCCGUGGCCCCAGGUGUCCCCAGCCUGCGCAGGCCGCUUUCAAUCCCCGGUAGAUAUCCGCCCACAGCUCACCGCGUUUUGCCCCGCCCUGCGACCGCUGGAACUCCUUGGCUACGAGCUCCCGCCACAACCAGAACUGCGCCUGCGCAACAAUGGCCACACCGUGCAGCUGAGUCUGCCUCCCGGGCUGGAACUGUCCCUGGGUCCGGGGCAGGAGUACCGGGCCCUGCAGUUGCAUCUGCACUGGGGGUCUGCGGGGCGCCCGGGUUCGGAACAUACAGUUGGCGGUUACCGUUUCCCUGCUGAGAUCCAUGUGGUUCACCUCAGCACUGCAUUUGCCAAAAUUGACGAGGCCUUGGGGCGCCCGAGGGGCUUGGCCGUGUUGGCAGCCUUUCUGCAGGAAGGCCCAGAAGAAAACAGUGCCUAUGAACAGUUGCUGUCACAUUUGGGAGAAAUCGCCGAUGAAGACUCAGAGACUUGGGUCCCAGGACUGGACGUAUCUGCACUGUUGCCCUCCGACCUCAACCGCUACUUCCGAUAUGAGGGGUCUCUCACCACACCCCCCUGUGCCCAGGGCGUCGUCUGGACUGUGUUCAACGAGACAGUAAAGCUGAGUGCUAAGCAGCUCCACACGCUCUCAGACUCCCUGUGGGGACCUGACGACUCUCGGCUACAGCUGAACUUCCGAGCAACACAACCUUUGAAUGGGCGAAUAAUCGAGGCCUCCUUCUCCACUGAGGUGGACAGCAGCCCUAGGGCCGUUGAGCCAGUCCACCUGAAUUCCUGUCUCGCUGCGGGUGACAUCCUGGCCCUGGUUUUUGGCCUCCUCUUUGCUGUUACCAGUGUCGUCCUCCUUGUGCAAAUGAGAAGGCAGCAAAGGUAUUAUAUCCACCCUCUUCCUCAGACACUCAAGUGGAACCAAAGGGGGUGUUAGCUACCACCCAGCAGAGGUCACCGAGACUGUUGCCUAGAGGCCUGCAACUUGGAGAGGGUGCAGAGAAGCCAGCCAGAAGAAUCUGAGGGGGAACUGGACACCCUGUCUUGCCUGUAACACUACUUUCUUUUUAACCUCCAAGGAUUUUUUUUUAAAGUAAAUAUUUAUAAUAAAAUACGUGGUAGGCACCCUUGUUCCCCAAAUCAAAA